AGCAGAAAUGGCAGGAACCAACUCCCCAAGGUCCAUUCUGCUCACCAUUUUCAUCUUUGCCAUGGUUUUAUCUCCAAUGGUAUCAUCAUGUGAUGCAGCUCGAUUCACCCAACGAGAGCUUCUUCAAGGAGGACCCCUCUGCCCUGCUUGUGUUUGUUGCUCACCUUUACCUCCAAACGGUUGCUGCCAAUGCUGUGCUUCUCCUGCAGAACAACCAGUGUCACCCUGAAACGCCAGCUUUGUCCCCUAAUCAUAUAUUUAUGAAUAAAUUGAAGCCAAAGGACAUGCCAGUGUCCCUGCCUGCUUCAUAUUCCUUUGUUCUGAAAAUAAAUUUGAAUGAAGUUCAUGCUGUAUUGUGAACUCCCCACCUUAUGUUAUGUUCAUGUUGGUUGGUUUAAUCAAAAUAUGGAAAAUAUAUUGAAGUGUUAAUAAUUUUUCACAAAUGGGGUUGAUGAUAGUAUCUGCAGAAAUCUGAAUGACUAAUUCCACAUUGAGGGUCCACCAAGCCACAGAUAUUUUCAGAAGCAUUCAACCAUAUUAAAUGAUGGUGGUCACCAACCUUAUAGAUCAAACAUCACAAAAGGUCCACAUGAUAUUAAAUCUCGUGAUAACCACAUCUAACGGAUAUUGAGUUAAUCUCAAAGAUAGAAGACACAUCAUCUGUAAUUAGAAUGACCCAAGAUUGAUCAGAUGGUUCCAAGUGUCUUGUGAUUUAUAAUUAGAUGAGGCCAGCUACUUUUCACUGCAGGGUUCAUAAAUUUGAACUACUGAACCUAGUAACUGCAACUAGUCAAGAUGAGUAUUCAAUUUAGAAAGAGUGGUUGGUGAUGGUCACUUUCAUGUUUGUAGGGAAGGUGCUCUUCAUUCUUAAAUGCUUGAGAAGGUUUCUCAAGGCUCUCCAUCAAUGCAGCGGUCUUAUCUUCUAUACCCUGAUUUUCAGCAGAAAGAUCAAUCAUGUUAUAGUUCAUAGUUUCAUCUCCGAUUUUCUCUUCAUCUAAGCUGAAUACAACAUUUUUUAAUCUAUAGAGAAAAAAAAAAUGUUUGUGGAGUGCAGAGGAACAUAUGCCUGGUCUUCAAAAGUAUGCCUUCUUUUCCUGCAAGUGUUUGCCCUCACCAUUUCUAUGGAAGAAUCGGUAGCUCUGGCUUCUGAUGGUGUUUUUGGUGAUUCAGAAAGCAUCAUCAAUCGUAAACCUGCUCGAAGGAAGCUAGAUGACAUAGCUGGCUCCAUAAACAUAGACUGCGGGCUACCUGAAGAUUUCAAGUACAUUGAUGCCAAAACUGGGUUACAGUACACUUCGGAUGCAAGCUUCAUCAGAUCCGGAAUAAAUAAGAACAUAUCAUCCAAGUUCAGCUCUACAACUCUUCACAAGUCUCUCACAAAUGUUAGAAGCUUCCCUCAAGGGAAAAGGAAUUGUUACACACUGAGACCUCCAGAAGGCCACGGCACUAUGUAUUUGAUCAGAGCUUCCUUCAUGUAUGGAAACUAUGAUGAACUCAACCAGGUUCCACAGUUUGAUCUUUAUAUUGGAGUUAACAUGUGGGAUUCUGUGAAGCUGGACAAUGCAUCUCAUCUUGUGAUGAAGGAGAUUCUACAUGCUCCCUCAGAUGAUGAUAUCUAUGUAUGUCUUGUAAAUAUCGGUUGUGGAGAACCAUUUAUAUCAUCACUGGAAGUAAGGCAUUUUCAUGAUUCUAGUUAUAGGACUGAGUCUGGAUCACUAGCUUUAUACAGGCGGCUCGAUGCUGGUUCAACAACCAAUGAGAUAGUCAGGUUCAAAGACGACGCUUAUGAUCGAAUUUGGUUUCCUUAUAAUUUACCUGACUGUGAAUCACUCAAUACAACAGUGCCCAUUGAUUCCCAUGCUGAAACUGAGUAUAAACUGCCAUCAAAGGUCAUGACCACUGCCAUUAGGCCAAUGAAUAGCAGUGCCUCAUUGGACUUUGAUUUCGAUAUCGGUGAUUCCACUCUGGAGUUUUAUGUGUACAUGCACUUUGCAGAACUUGAGGGGCUGCAGGAAAACCAGACUAGAAAUUUCAGCAUUACCCUGAAUGGUAACCCCUGGGGGGAAGCUAAUAUUGUUCCCAAGUACCUGCACUCAAGAACUGUAAAUAACAAACAGCCAGUGAGGGGAUCCAAGCUGAAGUUUUCUAUUUAUAAGACAUUGAAUUCUUCCCUUCCUCCGAUCCUAAAUGCCAUGGAGAUUUACAUGGUGAAAGAUCUCUUACAGGCGCCAACUUUCCAAGAAGAUGUAAAUGGUAUCUCGAGAAUCAAAUCAUUCUAUCUUGUUGAGAAGAACUGGCAAGGAGAUCCAUGUGCCCCAGUGCAACCUUGGGAUGGCCUCACCUGCAGUAACAAUGGUUAUGAAUCACCCAGAAUCAUCUCUCUGAAUCUGUCCUCAAGUGGAUUGAGAGGCACGAUAUCUCCUUCACUGUUGAAUCUCACAGCAUUACAGUUCCUGGAUUUGUCGAACAAUAGCCUAACAGGAGAACUGCCUGAAUUUUUGUCACGACUGUCAUUCUUGACUGCCCUGAAUGUUACAGGAAACAAGCUCUCGGGUUCAGUUCCUCCAGAUCUCAUUGCAAGAUCAGAGAAAGGGUCACUGUCAUUGAGUGUGGCCAACAACCCGGAUCUUUGUCCAUCGGCUCAAUGCAAAGAGAAUAAGAACUCUGUCGGUCCAAUAGUUGCAGCAGUAGUUUCAUCACUUGUCAUCAUCUUCCUUGCAUUGGUUAUUAUAUGGAGCCUAAAAAGAAGGAAAAAAGCUACAAAAUCACUUGUCAGAUCUCCUGAAGAAACAUGGUCACUAAAGAUGGAGAACCAACGAUUCAGAUACUCAGAGAUUGUGAGUAUUACCAAUGACUUUCAAACAGUCCUUGGGACGGGAGGAUUUGGAACCGUUUACCAUGGCUGCAUGCUUAAUGGCACACAAGUUGCUAUCAAGAUGCUCUCUCAAUCAUCAAAACAAGGAAUGAAGGAGUUUCGCAAUGAGGCUAGGCUCUUGAUGAGAGUUCACCAUAGAAACUUGGCUUCUCUGGUUGGGUACUGCCAUGAAGGUACAAACAUGGGGCUCAUCUAUGAGUACAUGGCUGGUGGGAACUUACAAAAUUAUCUAUCAGGGGCAGAUAUAAGCACUAGUCCUUUGAGUUGGAUAGAGAGACUUCAAAUAGCAGUGGAUGCAGCACAAGGACUAGAAUACAUGCACUGUGGUUGCAAGCCACCUAUAAUCCACAGAGAUGUGAAAACUGCCAACAUUUUGUUGAAUGAAAAACUGCAAGCUAAGAUAGCUGAUUUUGGGUUCUCAAGAUUUUUCUCAAUUGAGAGUGAAACUCAUCCCACAACUGCAGUUGUUGGCACUAUUGGUUACAUUGAUCCAGAGUACUACAUAUCUAAUAGGUUGACCCAGAAAAGUGAUGUUUAUAGCUUUGGAAUUGUUCUAUUGGAGUUGAUAACUGGAAAACCUGCAAUCAUUAAAGAUGAAGACAACAUUCAUAUAGUUCAAUGGGUAAGGUCUUUUGUGGAGAGAGGGGACAUUGGAAGCAUUGUUGAUCCCAGGCUACAAGGAAAUUUGAACACAAAUUCAGUUUGGAGAGUUUUGGAGACAGCAAUGGCAUGCCUACCACCAAUUUCCAUCCAAAGGGUGACUAUGAGUCAUGUAGUGAUGGAACUAAAGGAGUGUUUGGAAGAAGAGAAAGCUCAUGAUCAAACUAGAAGGAUGGAGGAACAGGCCACAGAAUCAAGCAAUUCGAUUGACUUAUAUAGUCCGGAUCUUGAACUUGAAAUGGGUCCAGAAGCAAGAUAAUAGUUAGGCUCUAUUUCAUAAGUGUUUUCAAGUUUUAAAAAAUAGUUUUUUGAAAAUUGGUUUAAAAAAUUGUUUUUCUCAUAUUUUGUAGAACUAGUAGUUGAAUAGAUGCGAUGCACAUGGAUGAUGCGGAUGAUGUUUGGGGAUGUAACUUUCACAAUUUAAUAUCUUAUUCGAAUAUUACUUGGAUUUUUUUUUA